AAUGAAAGAAACAUUAAUUAAAGCAGAAUUGGCAAAGAAAAUAUAAACUCGAUUGUGAAGAUAUAUAAAUACUCGAUAACCCCAGUCGUUUACAUACAACCCUGUUCAUGGCGACAUCGUCGACUACUCGUCAAUCGUAAUUUUGUUGUGGCCAAGUGUGGUUCCACGAAUAAGUCAGAGUGCAAUUUGUUUUUUUUUUACAAGUAAAUUGUGGAAUUUUCUUUUAUAUUUUCCUUUAAUUCGAUCGAGCAAUUUAAGUUUAAAAAUAUAAGCGCGUUUGGCUAUUCUAAUGGAAAAACCACGGCGGUUAUUACUCCAAACAUGUGCCGAUUUACAUUUUCAAAUGUAAUCUGAGCAAACAAAAGUGCAUAAUUGUAGAUUUGUUGGUGGAAAGUGACGUGAAAAUUUCCAUGUAAGCAUAUUGAAAAAGUCUCAGUGCAAAUAAAGUAUUCCUACAAAAAAAUUGUAAGGCAUAUAAAUGCAAGUGCAAAUUUGGCAAUUUGUAUUAUAAUAUGUGUGUAGGGCGGAAACUGUGCGUACAAGUACAAAGUUGAAGUGUGAAUAUAUCGUAUGAAGUUAUGUGGUAGCGGAUGUUUUUGUUAUGUCGUAUGAAGUGCAACGAAUAAUAAAAGGAGGCCACCAAAAAGUAAUAGUAACACCAUUCCUAUCGCCUAUGCGAUAGCGUGUACAUAUGUAUGUGCAAAUAAAUAUAUAGUAAUUCAACACAUAUAGCGGGAAUAGUGAAAAUCAGUGUAUUUUACAUUCUAUGCUUCAUUGCGUCAUUCCUGUCUGGCAGUGUUUCUUUGUUUUGGUUUUGUUCCUCACGCGGGUGCGUCUAUGCCUUGUGGAUGCAUGUCUAUCUAUAUCUAGUUCAUUGUGUACAUGUGCAUUUUCCGUAUUUCAUUGUGAAUUUCCAUCCGGGCGCUAUUUAACAUUUCCUUUUAAUUUUUUUUUUUUGUUGGCUGUCAAAGGAACCUCGAGAAAAAUUGUUGCUGCAAUUUGGCUAUCUGUACAAGUGCAAAACCUACGUCAGUGCGCCUGGCCGAAGGACGACGCCUUUUUAACAAUAAAAAAAAGACUAACAAAUUUGGCCAAGAUAAGGCAUGCCGCGAUUAAUAAAUAAGUAAACAGUGUAUAGUGAGUGGAAUAGUCGGAACAAAAAAAUCAAACAAUAACAACAACUAUAAUAGCCACCAGUAAGCUAUCUGCGAAAAUCGCAAUAAAGGCUUAAAAUGGACACAUUUCGAAAGUGGCUGAAUAAACCAAAGGCAGAUGACAAAUCUCUACUAGCACGCUUCUAUCAUGCAGAUCGUUCACUCACAGCCGUCGCCAGCGAAUUGGACAGCUUCGAUGGGCGCGCAGAGCCAGAUCGCUGUUCACGUCUUGUCAGCCGGCUGCGACAGGGACAGGACAAAGUACUCUCCAUUACUAAUUUAAUAAUGGAAGAGCUGCUUGGCGACGAACGUCAUCCGCGUGCGUUUCGUGCGAAAUUUCCCGAAGAAGUGCUACAGGAAAAUUUGGCCGGUCAGUUAUGGUUUGGCGCCGAGUGCCUUGCUGCCGGCUCAUCGAUAAUGCAUCGCGAACAGGAGAGCAAAGAGAUGCGUCCCUUGGCGCAGGCGGUCACAAAGAGUUUGGGUAAUGUGCGCAGCUUGUUGCGUGAUCAGUGCCUUCGAAAUAAUGUGCCGAAUAGCAAAACACUACAUUUGGAUAUAAACGAUUCCACCACAGAGCAAUUGUAUGAGAGUUUGAAAAUAUUCGAUCGUUUAUUUGCCGAAUUCGAAUUGCGUUAUGUCAGCGCAAUGGUGCAGGUGAAAACAAAGGAUGAGUACGAGAUGCAAGAAAUGAUAUGUGUGCUCUUUUCGGAGACAUUGCAACGUGCGCUCAAAUUGGGUCUCAUCGAUCAGGACAAGGUGGAUACAUUCGAUCCGGCUUUAAUGUUCUCCAUUCCGCGUUUGGCAAUUAUAACGGGCUUAGUAGUUUUUCCCAAAGGUCCACUCAAUAUGGAUAUGCCGGCCGAUCAGUUGUCGGAGAUGUUUCGACCAUUUCGCACAAUACUCAUCAAAAUACGCGAUCUACUGCGUACGCUGAGUAAAAGUGAGCUGCAACAAUUGGAGAAGUUGUUAUGUACCAAUGAGGAUAUUCAGCUAACGCUGCCAGUCGGCACCAGCAGCAUCGAAGCGCCGAGUGAGGAUCAACGGAACAAUAACAGCACCACUACCAGCACGAAUGCGUCUAUCACACAAAAUCCUGCCAGUAGCACAAUUGAGGAGACUCUUGCGCAUCCUCUGGAACAACGAAACAAUAAUUUAAGCGACACUUCACUUACCGCUACUACCUGGGAGACGCAAGUUCCUACUCCCAACUCCAGCACAAUGAGUCCAAAACAUCCUCUGAGAACUGCUAAAACAGCAGUUGGUAGCGGUGCAGACACAUCCAACAACUGCAAUAAGUCCCAUUGUGACUCUUGCAGCCGUCGCUCGAUGUCGUCGGCCUCUAGCAAUAGUUCGGCGCUUUCGACACCCGCCGUUUCACCGACUCCAUCACAUUCGUUGGCAUCGACAACGUCCGCAGUAUUGAAUAGUUCAACUACCUCACCAGCAGACUGGACGGAUGAUGAUGAAAAUGACGACGAUGAUGAGAUGGAUGAGGAUGAUGAUGAUGAUGAAGAAGAAAAUGACGUUGAUGAUAAUGAUGAUAUGCUUGUUGACGGAGGUGAAGCUGACGAAACUGACGAUGACGAAGUUGUGAUCGGUGAUUGUGAGAACGAAGACAUGGUUUCAGCCGACUGUGCUACCGGCUAUCUCAUUCCAAAUACAAAUUUCGGCAAUUUGCUGCAGCCACAAGAAGUUCCUUUGACGGGCAAUUUCAUAGCCAGUGAAGAUGAUGCUUCCAGCAAUGCCAAUGUGGAGUUGGAAGAAGAUCAACAAACCUACCCAGAUGUACCCACCACAAGUGCAGCAUUAAGACGUCUACGUCUAAGCAGUCAAACUGAACAAAUCUCCAUUGAGAGUGGCGUUAAAGCGACAAUAAUUGCUGCUGCAGCAACAACAACCACAGCACUCUCACCAAAGUCCUCACCACCUUCACAAGGUAGCAGUGAUAAUCUGACCAGUCCCAAUGGAAGUGAUCAAAUGUCCGCAUGCAGUUGUGAACCUGCAAGUUCCUCUUCAUCCUCGUCCACACAAGGCAGCAACAACAGUGCGUCAAGCGGGAAGCAGGAAACACAGCGUCAAUGCAGUAACCAUCAACACCAUCGUCAUCAUCAUCAUGACCAUAUCAGCUGCGCGCUUGCGCAAACACACACCGCGCACAGUCACAAAAGUCCGCCAGGUCGCCAUUAUCCUUAUCAUCACCACAACCAUCAUCACCACCAUCACCAUCAUCAUCAUCAUCGGCAUAAUCGCAGCCGCAAUGAACAAACGACGAAGGCGAAAAGCGGCGCUGCUGAAGAAAGUGUUAGUAGUGACGCCAAUUCGGCGGAACUUGGGAAUUUAAGUGAUGUGAAAGAGAAUAAGACGUCGAAAACGGCCGCCAGUCAAAGCACCACCUCGAGCGCAGAUAGCAGCAGCGCAUCUUCGUUGUCGGAGGUUGUUGCACAUCCGCUACAAGCGCCCAGUGAAGUUAGUCAGGCAAUAAAAGUGGCUACGCGCAAACGUUUUAAUAUUGAAAAUCUGUUGCAUCGCCUCUUCGUAUGCAUAGCCGGCGUGGCUGAUCAGCUGCAGACCAAUUUCGCCGCCGAUUUACGCCAAAUUUUGCGCAGCGUAUUUCUCAUGAAUAUGUCGCCGGCACAGGAGGAUUUGGAUAUACCCGAAAAACCAAAGGAAUCGGAAUUAUUUGAAUUCCGCGCGUCCGAACAAGAUGUGAUACAGGAGAAUGCCGGCUCCAAUCAGAGCAUUUAUUCAGCCGAAGAAGUCAAUCCCGAGCUGGACAGUGUAUUCCACAAUAAUGGCGGCGACGGCAGCGGUUCCGGUAGUGGCAACAACAGCAGCAGCAGUGUCGGCGGUGACAGCAACACCAAUAAUCGGCAUUCCCUUAGCGGCGCCAUACAGCGUGGCAAUACCAUAGACGUAGUUGAGUCAAACGCAACGCCGUCUAGUCUACCAGCCGGUCGCGUGCAUGUUUGUCGCAGUCGCAGUUUAGGUGAUCAAGAUCACAGUGAUAUUGGCGCAACGCCGGCCUCAUCAACCCCUGCCACCGCCGCCACAACUGUCGGCAGUCAGAGCAGCCGCUUAAGCGCCUACAUUAGCGGUCAACGGCAGCGACGAAGUCGUAACGAUUCGGUGGGCAGCACAUCGCCCAUAUCAUCGUCGUCGUCAUCAUCAUCUGCCUCGUCGGAAAAUAACUCGCCAAUUAGCCAGCGCACAUCAAUGCCGCACACCGUCAACAGUCACAAUCAUAAUAACAAUGUUAACAAUAACAACAAUAAUAAUAAUACAUCAGUCAGCAGAGCAUCACCACCGUCCAGCGCGCUCAUAGCACCAAACGCAUACGCUGUCGCCGCUGCCACUGUAGCCACCUCCAACGUGAUGCGCAACGCCAAUGUGAAUGUACGCAUUUCACCGCCCGCCUGGGUGCCAGACGAUAAGGCGCCACGCUGCAUGGGCUGCCGUACACAGUUCACCGCAUUCCGUCGGCGUCAUCAUUGUCGCAACUGUGGCGGAGUAUUUUGCGGUGUCUGCUCCAAUGCAACGGCACCAUUGCCCAAAUAUGGGCUGACAAAGGCGGUACGCGUUUGCCGCGAUUGCUAUGUGAGUGAGAUGCGCGCUAGCGCUAGCCCCGCAAGCAGCACCGCACGCUCGCCGCCCAUAUCACCGCGGUCCAACGCGUCGGCGGCGGCGGCAACUGUUGGCGGUUCGUAGAAGCAUGCAUUGCACGACUUUGCAAAACUGAAUUUGGCGGACGCGGAGUUGUCACGGCACUGUUAGAGAAGUGUAUGCAUGGCGCGCGCUACUGCUGCUGCCGCUGCUGCUGCUGUUUAGUUGCCACAUACAUUUGUGCAGCAUUUUACACUACAUACGUAUUUCCAUUUUUUUGUUUUUAAAAUUUUACGUAAUGAAUAGUUACACAAUGCGAAUGUGUAAAGUAUGAAUUGUAUUGGUCCUUAAGUUGACAAUUACAACUGUGUGUUUGUUGUAAGCCUGAAAUGUUUUUUAAUAUAAAUUUUUUUUUUCGAACUAAUCAACCAUAAAAAAUUCUUUCAAAAUCGCGACGUUUGCGUUGGGGAGUGGGAUUUUCUGUGAUUAUAUACAUAUAAUGUUAUUAAACGUUGCGUCGUGUUGAAAUCAAGCUUAGUUUUUCUAAAGACUGUUGGCGCUCACCUUUUUUUUAUGCGUUUGAUGAUUUUUAUUAUUAUUUUCUAAAUUCCUCUUUCUUCUCUAAACUUUCUCUUUUGCACUCUGAAUUUUAGUUUAGUAGUCUCUUACUACUAAAAAACUAGACAGCUGUCAUUACGUAACACUUUCUAGUUAUACUUACUUGUAUGUAUCAAAGAUCGAGUAUAAGAUCGAAGCUUGUUAAAACGAGCUAAAAUU